CAGCAUAUAAACAUUUCGCCUUAAUUUAAAUAAAACCGUUGAGAACAAAAUACAACUCUAAAAUGUUUGGGUACUAUCGAACAAUUGUGACGUUUGGGUAAUGAGUACUUUUUAAUUUAAAUACCAACUACUUUGUUUGGCUUGUUAUUCAUUUUUUAAAUUUCAACAGCGACGCUUUGUUUUUUUUCUCCGCCAUUCUUGGCAGCUGCAGGAAUUUUUGAAAAUUGUAAAAUGUUUUAGUGAUUUUUCUGAAAAUUGUUUCUAAAAUUUAAAAAAUAUUGAGACAAAUAGAAAAAACAACAAAAAUGGCACAAUUACGUGAUGCUAUAAGUGUAAGAACCACACGUUUGAACAAUGUUUUACUGGGAGGAGGACGCAGUUAUGGUGUUAGUGCUGCUUUAGCGGAAACCAUGACUCGUGAGUCAUUACUGGAUGCCUUUAAUUUACUAUACCAUGAAUGUGACAAGGAAACGCUGCGCAAGCGUGAUAAAAAUAUUGCAGAAUUUGUCAACAAAUAUCGCAGUAUUAUGGAAGAAACUAAUCGUUUGCGUGUCAAUGUGGAAGAUUUUAGUGUACGCACCUUGAUCGGUAAGGGUUACUUUGGAAAUGUUCAUUUAGUAGUGGAACGUCUUACAGGCGAUGUUUAUGCUAUGAAAAAGAUUAAGAAGUCGGUGGUUACCACUUCACAAGUUAAAGAAGAAAGAGAUAUUAUGUCCAAAAGAUGCUCGGAAUGGAUAACUAAUUUACAAUAUGCUUUUCAGGAUAAUGAGCAUUUGUAUUUGGUUAUGGAAUAUUUGCCUGGUGGUGAUCUAUUAAGUUUAAUGUCUAGACACGGUCCUUUCGAUGAGCCUUGGACGCGUUUCUAUUUGGCGGAAUUGACCUUAGCCAUACAUGCUCUUCAUGAAAUGGGCUAUGUUCAUCGUGACAUUAAACCCGAGAACAUACUUAUAGAUCGUUUUGGUCAUAUUAAGCUGGCGGAUUUUGGAAAUGCUGCCGCCCUAGAUCGUGAUGGUCAUGUAUUUAGUCUAUCACCGGUUGGCACACCCGACUAUAUAGCCCCGGAGUUGUUACAAACGAUUUCAACGUAUAAGUUGACUAAAAAUAUGCAUGAUGUAAGUUGCGACUAUUGGUCUAUGGGCAUAAUUGGCUAUGAACUAAUUUGUGAAAUAACACCUUUUCACGAAGACAAUGUUCACGAAACCUAUUCAAAAAUUCUUAGUCACUGUGAGGAAAGCAGUCUCAAAGAGUUAAUUUCAUAUCCUCAGGAUCUCAAAGUAUCAAAUAAUUAUAAACAUCUUAUUGAGUCUCUGGUAACAAAUCCCUCAAAGCGCUUAAACUACGAAGCUAUACGUAAACAUCCCUUUUUUGAAAAUAUCAAAUGGGAAAAUUUGCGCUCAGAAGUUCCUCCUAUUAUACCGAAAUUACAAGGUAACGAUGAUACGUCUAAUUUUGAGGAUGUACAACGUAAAAAAACUAAAGUGGCUGGUCCAAAUGCUAAGAAAUCUCUAACAACCAUGAUGGGUUCAAAUGAGUUUUGUGGUAAAGAUUUACCAUUUAUUGGUUAUAGUUUUGUUCACAUGGAAAGAAAUGAAGUUGAGGCCGGCGCUAUUGAGGAUGCCAGAUUUACGAAAGUGAAUAACAAGUUAAAGGAGUUGCAACAGAAGCACAAAGAACGUUUGGGAGAAAUAACACAGUUAAAGCAUGAACUUUUACGUGCCGAACUGACUGCAAAACAAUCGAAUACUCAAUCGAAAAUAUUGCAGGAUACCAAAGAUGAAAUCACAAAAAUGAAAAAUAUCAUUAAAGAUAAAAACCUUGAAGUGGCCAAUUGUCGUACACAAAUUAAAACUUUACAGAGUUCAUUGAAAAUUGAACAGGAAAUGUGGGAAAAGAAAGAAGCCACCAUAACCGAUCUAUUGCGUAUGAAUCGUCAAAAGUAUGAGGAUGCAAAGAAUGCUACAGAAUCUCGUUAUGAAAAACGCAUAGCUGAAAAGAAGGCGGAAAUAAAUGCCAUCAAUAAAAAGUUAGACGAACGUGAGGCGGAACUUACGGCCAAGGUUGAGGAAUGUGCUCACUUACAGGAGAAAAUGGAAAAUUACAAAGAAAUGCUUAAACAACAAAAAGAACAGGCCCAACGAGAUCUAGAAGAGUUCGAAAAGAAUAAAACCCAUUUGAUUGAUAUCUAUGAGCAAAAAUUAAUCGAAUUGCGCAAUAAGUUGAGGCAUGAAAAGGACCAUAAGUCACGUUUGACUAUGGAACUGAGAGAUGUCAGAAGUGAGUUGGACGAUAGUAUUAUAUGCACCAAAUCCACGGAAGAGGCUAAACAGGCAACAGCCAAAACAACUGAUGAAAUAAUUAAACGUUUGAAUGAAGAAAUUAAAGCCAACAAUGAAUUGCAUAAACAAAAUACAGAAUAUCAACAAAAAUACUCAGAAAUGCAAAAACAAAUGGAAACACUGCAGCAGGAUGUAAAUCGUUUAGAAAGAGAAUUACAAGUGGCUGAAUGUAGUAAAAAUUUAGCCGAAAGCAAUUUAGUUAACCAAACUUCACCCUAUGAAACAGCCCCCGGCUCUCUAACAGACAUACGAGUUAUUGAAGAACAAUUACGUGCAGAUUUGGAGACAGCCAAAGAAAACGAAAAUACACAAAAGGCCCGAGCAGAUAAGUUACAAGAUAUUGUGGCGAAAUUAGAAGAAAUGUUGGAACGUUUUAACGAACAAAGUCUUUCACCCACUAAACCAUUACCAGCUCCCCGUAAUGGUGGUGGUGGUGGUCAUGGCCAUCAAAUACAGUCUGUGGGUGAUAUGUUGGAAAAACAAAAUGAAAAACUUGAAGAUAAACUGGCAGCUGUACGUGAACAAAUGAUUGUUGAAAGACAAUCGGCCCGUUCUGCCAAUUUAGCUUUAUGGAAGGCUGAAAAACAACUCGAAGAGGUGUUGGCCGAAAAGAAAAUGACCCAGAGACGGAUGGAAUUGACAGAGGAGCGGAUUAAGAAAAUGCAAGCAGAAAAAGAAGAAGCCAUACGUUUGGGUAAACUAACGGAAGAAGCUAAAAAGCAGAAGGAAGAAAGAAUUGAGGAAAUGAAACAGGAAAUUAAGGCUUUAAAGGCGGAUAUACAAAAGGAACAUCGUAUGUGGGAAAGAGCUGAACAGGAGCGCAUGAAAUGUAAAUCUGAGAUUAUUGAACACAUUUCAAAUUGCAAAAAAAUGGAGGAAAAAUUAAGCGAAGUCCGACAAAAACUACAACAGUGUCAAAAAAAAUGCGAUAAACUCGAUGUGGAAAAUAAAACUCUUAUUAAAGACAUUAACGAGGAAAAAGAUCGCCAUUCAAACACUAUCGAUCAGUGUUCAGCAUUGCAAAUACAAUUGAAAAAUCUACAAGACAAUUACGAACGUUUAAAAUAUGCUUGUACCGUAACCGAUACACAAUUAACUGAGGUGGAAACUAUGUUGGAAAAGGAACAAAAAUGCAAUAAAUCGCAACAGGAAAAACUGGAUCAAUUGUAUGCUGCUGCCCGUAAAAAGGAUGAAUUGCAGGCUCAGCUCAAGAAACAAUUGGCCGAAGAACAAUUGCAAAAACAAGCUAACGAAACAAAAAUUUCAGAUUUAACUAGCGAACUGCAAGAAUGCCGUUCCAGCUUAGAGGAACUACAACGAAAAUUCUCUAACCAACAACAAUACGCCAUGGAACAAACAACAAAUUUGUUUAUAACACAAGAAAAAGUGGAAGUUUUACAGAAUGAAAAUCAAAAUAUACAAGCAGUUAAUGAUAAUCAUCAGCGUGAGCUAUUACUGUUAAAAGAAGAAAAUGCACGUAUUUUAUCGGAACUCUUUAUUGCCAAAGAGGAGUGUCAACAAUUGCAACAAAAUCUCAAAGAUGUUUAUGGUCAAAAUAAUGAAUUGCAAAGUGAGGUACAAGAUCUCAAGAGACAACAAGAGGAAAAGGAAAACUUUUAUUUACAAAGAGACAUUAAAUCCGAAGCUACCUUAGCUCAGCAUAAAAAAUUAAUAGAUUAUCUACAAUUAAAGGUAGAGGAUUUAACACAAAAGAAAAAGAAAACUUUGGCAGAUAAACUAUUUGGCACUAACAAUUCUUCAAACUCUAGUAAAAAGGAGAAUAUGGGACCUUCUUCGAUAGAAUCUUCAAUACUUUAUCGCACUUUACAUGAGGAAUUGAAAAGGGAAAAACUCAAAUCAAAAUCCUUGCAAGAGCAAUUAGAUAAAUUACAAGAAAAACAAAAUUCGCUUACAAUGAGAUCACCUCUGAAAAGUAAGGAGAAUCAGGCUGAGCAAAAAACACGAACCCUUACAAAAUCUCCCAAAAAACAAGAAGAAAAUAGAAUUUCUCUAACAACAGCUAAUACAACAUCACCAAAGAAAAAUAACCUUGACAUAGAUGAAGUUGAAGGAAGUGCCAAACAUUUGCAAGCUCAUCAUCGUUUUGAAUUGGCUUUACAAGAAACUAAUAUAGAUGCUGUUAAUUGCUUAGCUUGCAAAAAUCCCAUUAUUUCGGGAGCAGCCUUUUGGAAAUGCCGAGAAUGCAAGAAUGCGGCACAUCGUAAGUGUCGUAGUGAUGUGAAACAAGCUUGUGGUGAUGUAGGUGCCAUUUUGGCAGCUUUUGCUAGUGAACCGGCAGCGGAAUGUUUGGAAUCUUUAGGCAUGGUAGCCACAGCUCCUUUAGAAACCGAUUUAGAUGCUGAAUCUGUUGGAAAAUUUUCAUAUGAAGGUAAAUUAGAUGAAAACGAUGAGGGUACAAGUUGUAAUGAUUCUUUGACGCUUGCUAACAAAAAGUACCAGGGAUCAUUGGUAUUUUCGGUACCACAAAAUUAUACCGAAGACACUUUAGAAGUUGCCUGUGCCUAUGAGAUGGAAGAAAAUAAAAUUCUUUUACUUGGCUGUAAUACAGGUCUGUAUGCUUUGCAUUUGGAACAGCAAAAAUUAGUGCAUAUUGCUGGUGUUGAUGCUGUCAGUUGUAUAGCUAUUUCUCAGCCUUUGGCUAAGGUUAUAAUGGUGGGCUCAAAUGGAGAAUCCUUGUACCAAUGUGAUCUUAGACACUUACAAUCACGCUGCCAAGCCAGUGCUUGUUUAAGACCAGCUUUAGAGGCUUCAGUUUUGGAUCUUCCGUUUGCCAAUAGAACUUCUACUGAAAAAUGGAAACUUGUCCAAAUAUCACAAGAAAGUGAACAGCCUUUAGACACCGUGGCCAUUGCCUCUACCUCUACACGUAUUGUCAUUCUCAAGUACGAUGUAAAACAACAGAAAUUUAAACCAGUUCGUGCAUUGGAUACUGCUACUCCUGUAUCUUCUAUAUUCUAUACACGUCACACGGCUAUUGUAGCUUCAGAUAAAUUUUUCGAAAUCGAUCUUUCGACUUAUGGAGCUGAAGAAUUUGUAGAUGUUGCCGAUCAAUCGCUAUCGCACACACAAAAUUGUCAACCGGUGAUAGCCUUGCGUAUAUCGAAACAAGAACUGCUUUUGUGUUUUAUGGAAUGUGGGGUGUUUGUGGAUGAAUAUGGUUGUCGAUCACGGCCCUACGACCUUAAUUGGGAAUAUACUCCUUGUGGUUUUAUGUAUCGUGCCCCAUUUCUUUAUGUGGCCCAUUUCCAAUCUGUUCAAAUUAUACGUUUACAUCGUUCAUACACCAAUGAAAUGAUGACUGCAGCCGGUGGUGGUGCCGCCCAAAAAGACUUGGAUGCCGAUGUCGAUGAUACAAACAGCGGCGGGCCACAAUUGAAACGUUCCUAUAUACCCUUCUAUAUGCCUACACUACUCAACGAAAGCGGCAAAUUUAAUGCCUUCAUGCUGGCCAUUCAAAAAACUACUGGACUUCAGGAGAUCUAUCAUCUUGAUGCUCUACAAACCUUUAGGCAACAACACAAUGAAUCAAUAGAUACUAUUUCAUCUAUUGCCACUUCUGUGACAUUGGAUUCAAUGGCAACAACCACUGAAUGAAUGUAAAAACAUUAUUUGUUUAUUUUUUCCAUGUUGCAUGUAUUUGUAUGUUACAUGUUAUUUUCUUUGGUUAUUUUAUAAAUUUUUUGUAAGAUUUUUUAUAAAUACUACUAUG